CAGUCAACGAUAUAAUACCCGAUAUACACGAAAAAACAAAACUUUACACAACUGAAUCUUAACACCCACAUACGUGCGUUUUCUCUUUAAAAUCGUUUUUUCUUUUUGGUGCUUUUUUUCCCUCUUUUUUAUUUGUUUCUCUCUUGCUUUGCUUCUCCUCCUCCCGUUGGAGUAUAAAUUUUCCUAAUCCGCAAACGAAGUUUCCAGAAGACUUCCGGUCCGUACCUUCGUUUUCACACGCGAAAACUGCCUUUCUUCCGGCAUCUGGAAGCUACUACUACUACGGUCGGUCCUCGCCGGAUCAGAUCCGGCCGCCUCCCCGGCGGAUGGCGGAGCAGGGGGCGGGCGAGGCGGAUGCGGGCGGCGGGGAGCCGCCGCCGGCGGCGGUGAUGACGGCGGCGGCGGAGGCGUUGGCGGGGCAGAGGUCGCUGCCGACGCCGUUCCUGACGAAGACGUACCAGCUGGUGGAGGACCCGGCGGUGGACGACGUGAUCUCGUGGAACGAGGACGGGUCGACGUUCGUGGUGUGGCGGCCGGCGGAGUUCGCGCGGGACCUCCUCCCCAAGUACUUCAAGCACAACAACUUCUCCAGCUUCGUGCGCCAGCUCAACACCUAUGGAUUUAGGAAGAUCGUGCCGGACCGGUGGGAGUUCGCCAACGACUGCUUCCGGCGAGGGGAGAAGCGUUUGUUGUGUGAUAUACACCGCCGGAAGGUGGUGGCGGCGGCUGCCGCGGCGCCGCCGCCGCCGUCGCCGGGGAUGGCGACGGCAGCUGCCGCGGUGGCUUCGGGAGCUGUGACGGUGGCCGCGGCGCCGAUACCUAUGGCGCUGCCGGUGACGCGGGCGGGCUCGCCGGCGCACUCCUCGGAGGAGCAGGUGCUGUCGUCAAACUCUGGGUCGGGGGAGGAGCACCGGCAAGCGUCUGGGUCCGGCUCUGCGCCCGGCGGCGGCGGCGGCGGCUCCGCGUCCGGCGGCGACAUGGGCGAGGAGAACGAGCGGCUCCGGCGGGAGAACGCGCGGCUGACGCGGGAGCUCGGCCACAUGAAGAAGCUCUGUAACAACAUCCUCCUCCUCAUGUCCAAGUACGCCGCCACCCAGCACGUGGAGGGCUCCGCGGGGAUAUCCUCCAUAGCGAACUGCUCCGGCGAGUCGUCGGAGGCCGUUCCCCCGCCGCCGCCUCUCCCCCCGGCGAUACUCGAUCUAAUGCCCUCGUGCCCCGCCCUGGCCACCGCCGCCGCCGCUGCGGGGCUCGCCAUAGACGGCGAGCCCGACCCGAGCGCGCGGCUGUUCGGCGUCUCCAUCGGCCUGAAGCGGACGCGAGACGACGCCGCCGCCGCCGCCGACGAAGACGGCGGCGGCGAGGAUCAGGCCGAGCACGGCGGCGCGGACGUGAAGCCGGAGGCGGCGGAUCCGCAUCCCGCCGGCGGCGGCGGCGGAAGCAGCACGGAGGCGUCGCCGGAGUCGCACCCGUGGCCCAUAUACCGGCCAACCCCCAUGUACCACGCGGUCAGGCCCACUUGCAACGGGCCGGACAGGGCCGGGUCCGACCAAGACGGGUCCAGCUCCAGGCAGCGGACGUCAUCGCCACUAGAAGGCACUGGAUGCCCUUUUGUUCCCCAUUUUUCUUCUUCCAAGCUACUCGUAUUUUGUACUACAUGGCAUCAGACAGCGACGCAUCGUCGAAUGGCUGUAGGUCAGGUAAGCACGGCCCGGCCUAUUUUUUCCCCCUCUGUUUUCGAUCGAUCUUUCUUGCUGCGUUUCUUCAACGAGUAGUACUCCGUACUAAUAAUUUUGUCCACGACAUUGCCACGUCGAGGCGUCAGAGAUGUUGCGUAAACUAGUGGGUUCUUACAUGUGUUGCCCAUAUCACGGAGUAUUCACGUUUGCCUCGUCCUACAUGUGUCUUAAAAUUGUUGAACAUCCCAACACGAAACUUGUUACACUUUCUCACAUCUAAAAUAAAAGAAACUAAAGAUUGAUUCACGUAAUUUCGUACUCUCCAUUCUACAAUAUAAAGAUGAAGGUAGUAUUGGUAUCAAAAUGUAUGUUUCCACGACAUACCCACCCAUAUUUGACCAUAGCCAGGCAAGGAUGGGAAACGGCGGUAAAGGCAGGUGUAUGUCAUUCUGGUCGGUUCCAUGUCAUUCUAGGAGAGAUGGUCAACCUCAUUUUUUCGCUUAUACUUAUUCUUAGUAGUCAAAAUUUAAAUUUUCAACCUUAAAUUUGGAGUUGAUUUUGAGAUAUUUUCAUCAAAGUUUAUUUUUCAGCCUUUGCUUUUAGAUCGUUAAGAACACAC